AGCGCCUGUGGGAUGGAGUUACUGUUGCAGAUUACUUUCCAUCUGGAUGCGGCUCUGACCCCUUUGAUGUCCCAUUUAAUGAAGAAGGCUGCAUCUAUCCAACUUAAUAACACAGUCUAUAACCGUCGACACUGUGUCCAGCACAGUUAUUUCCUCAUCCGACACCAACUCCAGAAGUUGAAUAUUCAGGCUGCCUAUUUUUAAAAAGUUGGUUCCUCUAAACAGACAGCAACCCGGCAAGUCGAAAGUCGAACGGGCGUAGAGGUUAUCGUCGUCUUAAGCUGCCAAAAGCAUGAAGGUGCAGAGCGUGUACUUUUGCUUUGCGAUUUUUGCGCUGCUUGUCGGAGGAUACCACGGAACCCAAGUAAAGUUCGGACAAGUGGAGCGCUGGGUGAAAGCUGGCUUCCAGUACCUGAAGCUCAACCUGUGCCGGAGGGUGUCUUUAUCGGAGAGCGAGUGUAAAAGACUCUCGCACCUCUACCUGAGUGGGGUAGUAGUUUACGUUUCUGAAACAAACUCGGGAAAAGUCCUCGCCAUCCUGCCGGAUUCCUACACAACCGGGAUGGCGGCAUCAAAGCAAACUAGUUAUGCGGUAGGUACGGUUAUGGAUGAGAGCAAGAUUAACCAAGAAUAUUUCCCCGGGACAAGUGCGCACGACGCAGUGCUUGUACUGGACCCCAGCCCGGAGGAGAGCUUUGGACACCCGGUGGUUCUGUUCUAUGUAGACUUCAACGUGACCAAGAAAAAAUGUGGCCACAUGGAUGGAAUUUAUUUAGGAGAAGAGUGUCUAACACUGGCCCUGAAGACUCGCUGUCAGAACCAGCUGAAACGCAGGCGGAGCCGCAGCGAGCGAAUGACAGGCCGGGCGCGAGUCCGCCGGAGCGCCACGUCCAGAGCGGGUCGCGUGGAGCGCAGCGGGGGCCUCUGCGAGAUCCAUUUUCUGCCGCUAGUGGUGGGAGUGAGGGACAGCAACCGGACCCAGCGCCUGCGCUGCGUGGAUCGUCCCGAGUUUGCCAGAUGCGCACAGCUCUUGCCUUCUACCAGUCCCAGCAUGCCCGUCUCCAGCUGUGAGCUCAAUAAAAACACACGCCGGUGCCACCACCAGCCCCUUGCCACACAUCUCUCCUGCCGCCUUUACCAGACCUGUGACCACGCAGUUCUGCUCUCAGGUGGCUGGCAGGAGCAGAUCACAUACCAGCGGCAUGCACAGAACCUGCUGCUCUUCUACCAGAUGCUGAGGAGCAACGGCUUCCAUAAGGACCACAUCAAAACAUUCUUUGCUGGAAAUGGACAGGUAGCAGCUAAAGAGGCCGAAGGGAUGUACCCAGCCACAGAGAAGGAGGUGAUCAGGAACCACAUCUCCUACAUCUGCCGCAAGCAGCACUGCGCUGACUCACUCGUCCUGUACCUGAACAGCCCCACGCGCAACGAUGGGACCAUGCUGCUCUGGGACCGCAACAACAACGGCAUCGCAGACCUGAAGGAGCGCUACUCGGUAGGGGAGUUGCUGGCUGAUCUGGCUGGCUGCCGGGCCAGUCGAGUGCUCCUCUUCGUGGAGCAGAGUUACACCGGCGUCCUCAGCAAGCGGCUAAGAGGCUCCCCAAAACAUCUUAACGUGGUGAUGCUCAAUGGCCUGCACUGGGCGCAAGCGUCCCAGGCCUGGGCCUCUCUGCACCCGUCCCACUGCCUCAUCGACCACCUCAGUAAGAGUGCCAUGACGCACGAGGCGAGCUUGCUGAACGUGACGCUGGCCGGUGCUCCCUGCAACUCCACCCCACCACUCACAGAGGCCGAGGUGAGGAAGGAGUAUAUGGGCUGCCAGAACCUGCCCACAGCCCUGUGGCACCAGGGCCGCCUCAAGUCCCACGACAGUGAGAACUGAGAGAGACCGCAUGCCUUCCUCCUGUACACCCCUCCCCCAGUCCGGCACUCCACUACCAGUACGUCAGAUUCGCACUGGAGAAUACAGACCAGCCAUGGCUUUUGGGUGAUCUUGGUUCUUAGUUCUCCUCUGUGGCACUUCAUCUUUAGCUGUAAUCCUAGUUUCAGAAGGUUGCUUUAGAAAGCCAAUAGGCAAGAAUAGGAAGAAAUAGGCAUAUAAAUGACAUGUUUCUCAUGUGCAAUUCAAAAUGUCAUUUAAACAGCUGCAAUUAAUGUUACAGCACCUGAUCAUUUCUGCCAGUCUUAGCCACCGGACUUCAACCUCUCCCUUUAAUCCUUUGCCCUCCAUCCAAAUCUUUCACCAAGGCCCCUCCCUCCAAAGAUAUGCAUGCUUAGUGCUUAGCCUACUCUUCAAUGUGCUGCAUGCACAUACAAAAAUAACUGACAGGCAGAAAGGACCGUCUCUUUGUAAAGGAGUUUUCUGGUUGGCUAAAACAGCUGCACUGUGUUCAAAGUUUGAGCUGCUGAUUUCAGAGCCCAAGGUAUUCACAGAGGCUUUUAUUUUAUUUUAUUUUUUUUUUGCACAGCAACUAUUUUAGUGAUCAGCUAUCAGCAUGUAAACACAGUUUGGCUGAUACUUUGUUAAAUAAAAUUGCUUACAGUAGCUUUAACUGGAUUUGGUCCAGCCAGCUCAGUGCAUGGACCAGGGUACAAUACGAGCAAAUAGAGACCCAGAUCUGUAGUGAAUAAGGAGAAUGCGAGAACAGUAGGAAAAAAGUUAAGAAAGUGGAUGCUGUCCUCAUUCUGAACACCAGCUCUCUUGCAGCGCAUCCCAGAGUCUUUGAUCUUUUCGGUGCCUGCUAUGGGGAUUCAGCAGGCGGGCAGGCGGGCAGCCCCCCCCCCAUUCAGAGUGCCCUGCCUUGGGUCAGUGCAUGGGGCACGUUUGGCCGAUGAACACCGGUGGCAAUGCCACCCCGCCACACACCUCAUGCCUCACGGCCACAUUUCAGGAGAAAUCUACGUCCCCCCAGUCUGGCUCGUUGAAAGAGCAGAGGCUUGGCCAUGAUUUCGUAACAGGGAAUGUUUCAUCAGUGGGCCUGUCCAUCACAGGGCCCCUUCACAGCUCUCUCCUGCGCAGAUGGGCUCUUACUGACCACUCUGAGGCCCUCACCCACACCACUGGCACGCUGGAGGAGAACAAAUUGGAACUUGAGUUAAGGUAGCUGUGCCACUGCUGACUGCUGGGACACCAGUACAAACUUUUAAACAUUCAGAAAAGCCAGUGUAGGUUCAAACUUAUGAGUCGAUAUUAGGGUUUCGACUCCUGAAGCUUACAGCUGUGUACAAAACCAAGUUGGCUGCUGCUCAUCACAUGCCUGUCUUUUUGUUCUCCUUAUAAGAAAUCCCAUUAAACCAUGUUCUCGGUGCAUUACCACUAAAAUAGUUUUAAAGGCGAUAUCUAAGUCUGAAAACCAGUUAAGUGAACAAAUGCUCUUUCUUGUAUAGACCAGAAAUGUGUUUUAUUUUGUAAAUAUCUGUUGUGCUCUGCUAAAAAAAAAGUUUGUUUUAAUGUCAAAAAAGGAAAUAAAUAUCCAAAUUUCUGUUGUUUGUUAAACCAUAGCAUGUGUUAAUUGAUGUAAAUACUCAAAAAUAAAUUAACUUUUGUACAUA